AUGGGUGGCCCAGCAGGAGUCGUUGCAGCUAGUGGUAGCGAGGUCUACAAGACCCUACGCAACAAUGUCAACUCCAAGUGGACCCAGGAUCCUGGUCUUCGCAAGCUCAAUUUGGGUAUCGCUACCAUGUUUGCCUCCGCUGCAGCCAAUGGAUAUGACGGCUCUCUCAUCAACGGAUUGCUUGCCAUUCCCUACUUCAACAACAAUCUUGGCGAUCCCAGCUCGAGCCUCUUGGGUUUGACUCUUGCCGGUAUCAGUCUCGGUGGUCUUCCUUCUUUCAUCCCAGCCUCGUAUGUCAGUGACUACAUGGGACGCCGCUUCACUGUCUUCUUGGGCUCUUCCAUCAUGUUGGCAGCUUCCAUUAUCCAGUGUGCGACCUCCGGCAUCUACGCCUUCCUUGGUACUCGUAUCAUGCUCGGUGUCGGCUUGGGCUUCUCCCAGACAGCUGCACCUCCCCUUACCACUGAAAUUGCCCACCCUAAACAUAGAGCCAAUGUUACCAACCUGUUCCAGGCUACUUGGUACUGGGGAGCCAUCUUGUCGGCCAGUAUCGCUCUUGGUACUCUCUUCCUCGACAACAGCUGGAGUUGGCGCAUCCCCUGUCUCCUUCAGGGCUUGUUUCCCGCCAUUCAAUGCCUCGGUCUCCUUGUCGUUCCAGAGUCACCCAGGUUCCUGAUCUCCAAGGGUCGCGAUCAGGAAGCUCUGGCCAUACUGGCAAAGUAUCAUGCAAAUGGCGACGUUGACGACGAGCUUGUGCAGUAUGAAUUUCAGGAAAUCUGCCAGACCAUCGAGUUGGAAAGACAGGCUUCCAAGACGACUGGCUGGUCCACUUUCUUCGACACCAAGGGAAACCGUCAUCGCUUCCUCAUCUGUAUCUUGGUCGGCUUCAUGAUUCAGUGGGCUGGCAACGGCAUCGUAUCAUACUACCUCGCACCCAUUCUCAAGAGCGUUGGAAUCACCAGCUCCGUUACACAAGCCGGAAUCAAUCUUGCUCUUCAAUUCUGGAAUGCAGGUCUCUCUUUUGCCGGUGCCCUCGCUGCUGAACGCUACGGUCGUCGUCCGUUGUGGCUGCUCUCAGCAAGUGGUAUGCUAGUCUCCUUCAUCAUCGUCACAGCUCUCAGCGCCACUUUUGCCGAAUACGGUAUCAAAGCUGCAGGAGGCGCCACAGUAGCCUUCCUCUUCAUCUUCUUUGGAUUCUACGAUAUCGCUUUUACUCCUUUGUCUAUCGCCUACCCUGUCGAGAUUCUUCCGUUCCAUCUCCGCUCCAAGGGUCUGUCUGCCAAUCUAACCAGUGUGUUUGCCUUGGGCUUCUUCAAUCAAUACGUUAACCCCAUCGCUCUCGAGGCCAUUCAGUGGAAAUUUUACUUUGUCUAUAUCGCCACGCUUACGGCUAUGAUUCCUACUAUCUGGUUCGUUUUCCCAGAGACAAAAGGACGCACUUUAGAAGAGAUUGCCGUGGUGUUCGAUGGUGAGGGUGCGCACGGAGAUUUUCAAGUAGGCGCUCUUGUGGAUGAGAAGGCUUCUGAGGACAAGAUUGAGACCACAAAUAUCGAGUAUGUGAAGGGAGUCUGA